AUACCUCACCCACGUGGUAACAACUACCCACGUGGCACAAAAAAGAGAUGGAGAAGAUGGAAAAGCUGGAGCAAGCCCUCACUGAUCGCUCCCUAAAGGUCUUGGAUAGGCUCAAAGUGGCCUGCUAUCUAUGGAGGAAUACCAGUGCUACCAAGAGCAUCCUCAAGUGGACCUGUGAUCAGAUCUGCUCCAUUGAUAAGAAGACGUAUUCCAUAAACGAAGAGUUGAUGACGUCCCUGUUUAAAUUUCUCUCAGUUAUAUUGAAGACUGUCAUAAAUACUGGGAAAUGGUGCCCUGAUGAUUCUAUACUGACUGUGCAUGUAUUUGAGAGCAUAUCUGCUGCUAUUCGAUUGGUCGAUUCAGAGCAGUGCACUAAAAGUGUGGUGGAUAGUUUACAGUGUAUCAUGACUGGAUCACCUCUACCGUCUGUCUUGUUCAAGUUUGAGCUAUCUGUAUCACUACUCCGCAAUAUUCUUCUUGCUCUAACGGCAAAAUCUGGCCCACAAAUGUUGACCUAUUUUCCAUCUUUGAUGUCGUUCCUUCGAUUCUUUGUGUACCUUCAAGGCAGUCAAGGCAACCAAAAGAAAGUGUUCACUGUGAUGUGCGAUGAGCUCCUGGACCCUCUCCUGAGAGCAAGGAGUGUGUUAGUGGCAGAGGAGAGCAGCUGUUACAAUGGAGAGGUGGUAGCACACCUGGAUAACAUCCUCAAGCAAAUCUUUAACAAGGAGACGCUGUCUGAAUUCCCGUCAGCUGUGUCCUCUAUAGACUGGCUCACCACUGCCGGCAAACAGACUGCUACUAGUUUCGUGAGAGUUUUGUUUACCUCCCUCCACUCCAUCACAUGCUUGGACCCGGGCUGUGUGUACAGAAAAAGUAUCUCAAAGAAGCAUGCAACUGAUGAGAGCUGUAUGGUUGAGUUUGCCAGCCGCACUGGUUGUGAGGGAAUGCCUUACCUCAUGGAGACCUUCUUGCUUCAAAACAGUUGCUACAAGGUCCUCUCCAAGUCUGUUGAGUUCAAAUUCUUCCUGCGUCUGUUCGAGCUCCUCCUUCACUCUCGUCCUCUCUCCCCCUCUCAUCUGGGGGAUCAGGAGAGCAGUCAGAGUGAGAUGAAUCAGUCUCUGGCUGGGCAGUACUUGAGAGGGCUCACUGAAGGGAACACAGCAGCUGACACACCCUCUCUUAGUACAGCUGCUGACACACCCUCUCCUGCUCUUCAGUCACUGGCCAAGUGCCUGGAGUUGUUGCUCAACUAUGAAGUGUAUAACGCUGGGGAAGAUGGGAGCUCUGGUGGCGAACAGACAACAUUUUUGGAGAAAUUAGCUCGAGAUCUGUUGGUACCAACCACUCAUCGGAACUUGUCUGAUGUUUUGUCUUGUGUGACUAUUUUGUUUCGACUCAACCACAAACUGGUGGAGCCAUGGCUGCCUCUGAUAUGGCUCUAUCUGUUCACCGACAGUCAAAAGGGUGAUGGAUUCUCUGGUGUCUGUAUUGAGACGUACAGGAAGCUGAGACAACUUCCUGUAUUGAUGACUAUAUACGUUGAGUCUCUGGAUCUCCUGACUGGUGCCUUGUCCCUCCAGCCCACCACCCUCCAACCAUGCCCCUCCCUCUCACCAGUCUCCGAGCGGUUACUCGUUAAGCACAUAUCUUCUCUUCCCCCAGGCCAGUGCGUGGAGAUAAUAGAGCUGUUUCAUCGGUAUUUCACACAGAGGGUCACCUUUGGAGAGGGUGGUGUGGGCGUGUCUGUGGGGGAACCCCCCGUCGUUACCCUGGUACCUAGUUUGGAGAAGGCAGCUGACAUCAUCGGUGUAGUACUAAGCAACGCUCCUCUGAGCGUGUGGACUAGUCACUUGAAGGGGAAGGCACUGGAAGCACUUCUGAAGCUACAUUCUGAAGUAUCUCUGCUCUUUCUGCAAGCCAACUACACUAAGAAGUGUAGAAGAAGGCUCUCCUCAGUGGCCCUUUAUCUCACUUGUGCCACGAGCCAGCUGCUCUCUCAAGUGUACCCUCUCUAUCCUGACCUCAACUCUGGUUGGUUACCAGGGCUUGUGUGGCAUGAUGAGCUAUCGUCACUGGUUCCCGAGGCCUGGUGUCCUUGGUUACCAUCCAGUAGGGAGAAGCUUGGACCAAUCAGACUCUUUCUAUUGAAGCAGCUGGCUAUCGUGCAUCUGAAGGCUAAACUGAGAGGGGGUCAAAAGACGGACCCCUCCAUUUGUCAGGCUGUCUCGUGCGUCUUCCAACCUCUCUCAAAGGAGAUUGGACCAAGCUCACGGUGGACUGGACAGACGUAUGACCUUUGCCAUGACAAUAGUGAUGUGGCGUACUGGCAGCUUCUCCUCUCCUCUCUGCCCCUCCUCUAUCCCUACACCUCCAACCAUCACCUCACAACCAUGGCGGGGGGUAUUGUCACGGCUCUGUGUCACCAUCGUGUUGAUAGACCUCCCACAUCUAGUCUCACUGUGGGGGGUGUGCUGAGAGAGUUUCUAGUGUCUAACGUGUUCCUUGAAAUGGCGAAUCUUCACGAAGCUUUACUGACCUGCACACUCACACACGAGCAACUACUGUUACCUAAAUGUUUCCCCAAACCUCUGAGGAAGAUAUUCUCGGCCAGCUGCUCUGGUGAGGGAGUGUUCCUGGACGACUUGUUCACUGGUUCUCUGUCAACCAGCCUGAACUGUGCCCUGGAGUCACUACCAUCAUGGGCUGGACCACCCUCCUCUGACAAGAAACUGAAUCAAUGGCUGGAUACUCUGAAAACAACCAUUGAGCUGCUUGAGAGUCUUCCAUUGCGGUGUGUCAGUCCCGUGUCCCUACAGAGGAUUCUGCUCGCCCUCUGUGUCUGGCACACCUCUCUUACACUCGCUGUCUCCACAACGGCCGAUCUUCCUGAAGACAGUGCCACACUUCCUCUGCUAGUGAAGACAAGCUAUCUCCUGGGUUGGGUUCUACAGUGUCUCUCUCUUUGUCCCCUUCUACGCUACACCCCCAAGAGUUCAAAGUCCAAGCGAGAAAUCUUAGCGUCUGCAGCUGUCAAGUUUUCAUCGCUCCUUGAUCUCAUUUGUGAAUGGUUGUACAAGGGAACAGCUGCUCUGGCUCGGAACAGCUGUCUCAAGAUUGAUGAGAUACCAGAGCUCAAUAGCUCGUUGCUCAUUACCAUGGAAAUGGCCAUUGACGUACGAAUUAAGGUCGGAGGUCACCCAGACAAGGAACUAGACCUGCUGGCUGAGGCUAAGAGGUCCCCACUAUCUGAGAGGUGGCUUCAUUGUAUUGUUGUCGUUGCUUGUAAGCACUGCCAACUGACUGACCCCUCCUCAAAGAGACCACGCCCAAAUCUGGAGCAAAUCUGUGAAGUUGUUGUGUCGCUGAUUGAGGGGGGAACCCCUGACAGAUUACUACCGGACCACCCCCUCCUGAUUUCCUCACUGGCAGCUGUACUCCGGUGUCAGCCUGGGCUUAUGUCGUCAAGGGUGAGUGCAAUCAUGGCAUCUUUAGAACGUGUUGCAGAGUGUCCAGUGGACCUAGUUACUGUACUGGAGUCGAGGUCACCUGAUCCUCAGAAACAACUAAAUGUGUUCAAUGCUCUUCUGGACUGUAUAUAUUUGACGGCUCUCUCGGUUCCUCCUGAAGAAGCAGCUGCUGAUUGUGUUGAACCAACAGUCCCAAACAUUCGUAAAGCAUGGACAAGACUCCACUCUUCCCUUACUUUACUGUUCAGAUUAUCCCUCGCACGAUCUCCACGACUCAAUCCACUAGACUAUCUCACUCUAGCGAGAAGGGACCAAGUGACUCAUGGCAGCAGUAAAAGCGACCAGGUGCUCAGGAUGGUGUACGAGAAAGUUACCAUGGUGACGAGGGAGGUUCUAUGCAUGGUGGAUCGAGAGGACCUGUCUCAAAUUUUGGAAGAACUCUCUGAAAUGGAUUGCAGUGACCCAGUGUCUGUGUGUGUCUUCUGUGCGAGCUGGAAGCUGAUAUUGGACUCUAAACUAAAGCAGUCUAGCAGAGAAGGACUCAGGAAGCACUUCAGCAAGGUUGUGGUACUGUGCCGGUCUGCUGCACACGCUUUCUCAGCCUCGGCACCGCUAGCAACUGGUCUGGUACAGCUGGUGACUGUUCUAGUCUCUCUCCCCACUCAGGUUGGUCUUGAUAGUCAAUCAGUAAUGGCUGCUCUUCAGAUGUGCUCGCUACUUGACGUAAACUCUUUGAAUAUUCAGAGGGUAGAGCUUCUUGGAGCCAUUGCUGAGAUGGUGAUGUCUGUGUGUAGGCAACACUCAAACACAAUCACCCGCUCCCCUGCCCCUGUCAUUACAGCCUUAAUUAAGCUGAUACACAAGGUGGUUGCCUCAGGGCAGGAUCUGGAGGAGCAACAGGUGGCAACCCAAGACACUCUCACCAAGGAGCUAGUGCAAUGUGCCAGUUUCGUAUCCAGAUCAAUGGAGCUUAUUUCUCAGCAAGUGGUGUUUUGUAAGUUUGUGAUGUACAUCCUUCAUGAAUACAUCGUGACAGCUCACACAAGACCCCUCCACACUCAAGUCAGAGAUUCCAUGCUACCCGGAGUGUUCAGCUUGAUGAAGCUGGCCUCACAAGGAGAUAUUGCCUUCCUCAAGUCUCCAAUGGACUCAGUGACUAGAGAAAGCUGUCAGACUUUGUUAGAUCAGUAUAAACAGUAUUACAAGUUUGGUGGAAAAAUAUGAACGAUUAUAUGAUAUUUAUUAUAAUUGAAA